GUCGAAUCUCUUUCUACAAGCGUGGGAUUGUUCAUUGUUGUCGUCUUCCCCAAAACCCUAGUUUACUCUCUCUAAAGGCAGAUUGCCGUCGCCGCCGCAGCAACUCACCGGAGAGAUAUCGAUGUUGACGUUCGAAGAUGGGUUCUCUGCGGAGAGGCUCUUCGCUCAGGGGUACUCUUACACCUACGACGACGUAAUCUUCCUCCCUCACUACAUCGAUUUCCCUACCGACGCUGUCUCCCUGUCCACGCGCCUCAGCCGGCGGGUCCCCCUCACGAUCCCUUGCGUCGCGUCGCCGAUGGACACCGUGUCGGAAUCCGCCAUGGCUGCCGCCAUGGCCGCGCUCGGAGGCGUUGCCAUCGUUCACUAUAACUGCGACGUCGACGCUCAGGCCGCCAUCAUCCGUCGGGCCAAGUCUCUGCGAGCUCCGAUUGCUUCCGACGCCGUUUUCAAGUGUCCCGACCAUCAGAUUGGCUCUGUCGAUGAUUUCGGUCCCUCUUCCUUCGUUUUUGUCUCGCAGACAGGGACAUUGACACCAAAGCUGUUGGGUUAUGUCUCGAAAUCGGAGUGGUCGAGUAUGCGAGACCGAGAGAAGGAGAUGAAGAUAUAUGAUUACAUGCGAAGCUGUGAGGGCGGGGAUUAUUAUGUUCCAUGGGACAUUGAUCUGGACAAGAUCGAGGCCGUUUUGGAGGACAAGAAGAAGGGUUUCGUGGUCAUGGAGAGGGACGGGGAGGCCGUGAACGUGGUGACAAAGGACGAUGUCGAGAGAGUUAGAGGCUAUCCCAAGUUGGGAUCGGGAACCGUCGGUCCAGACGGGAAAUGGAUGGUGGGUGUGGCCGUAGGGACACGAGAAUCGGACAAGGAGAGGUUGGAGCACUUGGUUAAGGCUGGAGCCAAUGCAAUAGUGUUGGAUAGCUCGCAGGGGAACUCUAUUUAUCAGCUCGAGAUGAUCAAGUAUGUGAAGAAAACAUACCCAGAACUUGAUGUGAUUGGUGGAAAUGUGGUAACGAUGAACCAGGCCCAGAAUUUGAUUCAAGCUGGAGUUGAUGGGUUGAGGGUCGGUAUGGGAUCGGGAUCGAUUUGUACGACUCAAGAGGUUUGCGCCGUUGGACGUGGACAGGCUGCCGCUGUCUACAAAGUGUCGAUGAUUGCUGCUCAGAGCGGAGUACCCGUUAUAGCGGAUGGUGGGAUCUCGAACUCGGGUCACAUAGUAAAGGCUCUAGUUCUUGGAGCAUCAACUGUGAUGAUGGGAAGCUUCUUGGCCGGAAGCACUGAAGCUCCCGGAUCCUACGAAUAUCGGAACGGCCGUCGGGUCAAGAAAUACCGAGGGAUGGGAUCGCUAGAAGCGAUGACCAAAGGGAGCGACCAACGAUACUUGGGGGAUACCGCGAAGCUGAAGAUUGCACAAGGAGUGGUGGGAGCAGUUGCUGAUAAAGGUUCGGUCUUGAAGUUCGUACCUUACACAAUGCAAGCCGUCAAGCAAGGUUUCCAAGACCUCGGGGCAUCGUCGUUGCAGUCGGCUCAUGACCUGUUGAGAUCAAAUGUCCUCAGACUCGAGGUUCGUACUGGUGCCGCACAGAUCGAAGGAGGAGUUCACGGGCUCGUUUCGUACGAAAAGAAAUCAUUUUAGCUUACCUCAUUUUGUUUUACAUCGGGCUGGUAUCAUCAUGAUGAACAUCUUGCCAUCCAUUCCUGUACUAUUAUCCUUCACCCGACAAAUAAAAAGGUUAUCAUCUUCUUUUCUUGAAA